UUUUACAAUCCUUUCAGAGUUCUACUUUCCCGCUUUUUGCAUGGAAUUGAACUGUCAAAACACCUCAUUAUAUUUCAUGCGAUGAAAGCAAAACAACAAAAUCAGUUUAUCAGUUAACGAAGAUAGUCAAGGCAUCGGUCAGUGUCAGUGAAAAUGUGUUUCGGUUAUUCAGUUUCAUUAAAUAUGGGAACCACAUAUAAGAUCGGCAUGGACGAACUUUCCGCGAAGUCCAGCAACAUUUGGAAGGCAGUACUAGCGGAGUUUGUAGGUAUUUUUAUACUCAAUUUUUUCGGCUGUGCGGCGUGUACACAUGCGGCAGGCGACAAAACACUCAUCUCACUUGCCUUCGGCCUCAGCGUGUUUAUGGUCGUAAUGUCCAUAGGACACGUUAGCGGAGGUCACAUUAAUCCAGCGGUAACUGCAGGUCUUCUGGCUGCCGGAAAGGUUAGUUUCAUCAGAGCAGCCUUAUAUGUGAUUUCACAAUGCGCCGGUGCUGUAGCAGGAACCGCUGCCUUGAAGGCCCUUCUUCCCGACGCAUAUCAAAACGGUCUCGGUAACACUGGGCUGAAGGAAAAUGUUCAAGAUAUGCAGGGAUUGGGUAUUGAAUUUUUCCUCGGUUUCAUCCUGGUAAUGUGUGUCUUUGGGGUGUGCGAUGAAAAUAAACCAGAUUCACGUUUCGUGGCUCCACUGGCGAUUGGGCUGACUGUUACGUUGGGCCAUCUUGGCGUUGUUGAAUAUACCGGCUCAAGCAUGAAUCCGGCGCGUUCCUUCGGAACGGCCUUGAUCAACGACAACUGGGCCAACCAUUGGAUAUACUGGGCUGGUCCAAUUCUUGGUGGCGUUUGUGCAGCACUGCUUUACUGUCAAGUAUUCAAAGCUCCGCGAUCGGAGGAACUUUCUGCUCCGGAACGCUAUAGAGUGACAGCUGACGAGAAAGAGGCUUACAGAACCCACCUUAAGUUGAAAUAUAUUGACGAAGAAGUGUGACAGCUCAAACGAUUGGAUGGAAUGGCUUAGAAGUGGAUUUCCGAAUACUGGAAUACAUGUCAAAUAUUCAUUGAUCGAAUAUUUUUACAGAUUUUCAUAUUUAAACUAGUUUUAAAUCAUGAGAUUUACUUAUGAUAUGUUUUUAUAACAACCAUAUUAGAAAGUAAGCCAGAAAGUGUUUCAAAAAAAAUUGUGCCACAAAAAACCUGAUGAUUAUUCAGUAAAAAUAUUAAUACAAAAAAUAUAUCAAUAGAUUUUA